UUAAUCAAAGAUUUAUAAAAUGUGCCAAAGAAAUAUUAAAAACUAUUUUUUAAAGAAUUGUGGUAAUGCAAAGAGAAGCAGCCUGCAUCCCGCAAUAGUAAAAAAUACAAUUGUUUGUUCAUGAUAACAAUGCGGUCGUCGAACCAUUUUUAUCAAAUAAGUAUAUUUUGUUAUAAUUAUUAAAGUGCUAUAAGCUACAAAUUUGCAUAAUUUUUAUUUAAAUAUUAAACCAAACAAAAGCCUUCGAAUGUAGCCGACUUUUAGCCCCCGCGACCGUUUAUUGCUUUAGCGGGCGUGCCGAUUUUCUUUCGGCUGCAGUUGAUUUUUUGCCGCCGCCGACUUUUUUGUGCUUAGUUGCCGCCGGGGAACUUGGCAUCCUUUUGUAACCUUACCACUAUGAAUUGUAGGGUAUAAUUAAUAUUAAUAGCACACUGUCAAUUAUGGUCCAAUAGUGUGCAUUAGACUUAAGGAAUAAUAAGUUUAGUAAUCGAUAAAAUUAAAAGAAAUUUUUAUACAAACAUGCUGUAUGCAUUUUGAGCCAAUGAGAGCCGCAUACAUCGGCGGCGUCUCAGAUCACUGUGAGCCGAUCGGCUUCGUGCUUUGUUGGCCAGUCGAAUUUAAGUGAAGGUUUUUUGUUAUAUUAAUAAUUGAAAAAAUAAUUACAUUUUAGAAUUGAAAGAUUGUCAGUGAAACAUCGGUUAUGUCGUUGCAACGCAUCAACAGUGUUCCCUUUAGGAAUUUGUUUCAUUUGAAGAAUCCUAAGCGGUAUGCGGUAUCACGUAACAUCGUUGGUCGACAAUUUGCUACAGCUCCAAAACGUACUGCUGGCGGCCCGAGUACAUUAAAGUUAGCAAUUUUAGGCUCCACUCUAGGAGCUACUGGAGGCACCGUUUACUCUCUUUAUAGUAAUUGGAAGGAUGGGAAUUCGCAUAAGGAACAUGAGCGAUCUGCGCCGGCUGUUGUUGCAGAAUUUCCCGAAAACGUAAAGAUAACAAAAAGAUUUGUGAAUCCCAAGGAUACUUCGGGAUUAGAUGUAACCCUGUUCCAAUUUCAAACGUGUCCUUUCUGCUGCAAAGUGAGAGCAUUUUUAGACUUUAUGGGAAUUUCAUAUAAAGUCGUAGAAGUAGAUGCCGUCUUGCGGCAGGACAUAAAAUGGUCAGCCCAAAAAAAAGUUCCAAUGGUACUGAUAAGGCAGCGAGAUGGGCGAUAUGUGCAGAUGACCGACUCCAGCGCAAUAAUAUCAUUGAUUGCGACCUAUUUGAACGAUAAAAGUACUGAUAUUGGUGAACUGGCACAAUAUUACCCGACCAUUUCAUUUUUCGACGACAACCAGAAAAAGAAGCACGAUAUUAUGAAUAAAUACUUCCUGAUGUAUAGGGACCAAACACCCAAAGGACAUUCAAAGGAUACUGAAGAGCUGGAGCGUAAAUGGAGAACUUGGGCCGAUUCUCAUUUGGUCCAUCUUAUUUCCCCGAAUUGUUAUCAAACUUUGGAUGAAGCCUUCGAAACAUUUGAAUGGUUUUCACAGGCAGGCGAAUGGGAUAUACAUUUUCCUCAUUGGGAACGUAAUUUGAUGGUGUAUGUAGGGGCUACAGCCAUGUGGGGAAUUGCUAAAAUUCUAAAGAAAAGACAUCAACUCUCUGACGAUGUACGAUCACACAUAUACGACGCAUGCAAUAAAUGGACUAAAGAGUUGGCGAAACGUAAUAGCAAAUACAUGGGCGGCAAACAACCAAAUUUGGCGGAUCUCUCCGUAUUCGGAGUUCUCAGUAGUAUGGAAGGCUGCCAAGCAUUCAAAGAUUGUGUACAAAAUACAAACAUAGGCGAAUGGUUUUACAGUGUAAAGGAAUUGAUUCAAAAAAAUCGUGGUCAACUAAUACGCGAACGCAUUGAAGGCGAACUUCCCACUAUGCUGAAUGCUGCUGCAAACUAAUUU